GCCAUCUUGAUGGAUCCACUCAACCUCCAAUGAGGUUCAUUCCAGGAGAUAAAGAAGGGCUGCUGCAAGUCAAUCCAGAAUACACCAGCUGGCAAGGGCAAGACCAACUAUUGGCUUCAUGGCUCAUUUCCUCCUUAUUUGAAUCGAUCCUCAUUUCAGUCAUAGGUAUGAACACCUCUUUCCAGAUCUGGAACAACCUUGAAUCUAGCCUCUCAACUCAGUCCAAGGCUAGGACCAUGCAUUAUAAGAUUCAACUUCAAAAUCUUAAGAAAGGAAACCUCAAUAUUAGAGAGUAUGUGAACCAGGUUAAAAUGUAUUGUGAUACUCUAGCUGCUGGUGGUCAUACAAUCACCGAACAGGACCAAAUCAUGCAUGUUGAUAUGGGAUAUUAUAUACUCAAGGAUCAACCGGUCCGCCGAACCGGUUUAGAGGGUCAUACCAUGAAGGAAUCGAGCCAGGUGAGGAGAAGAUCGAGCAAAAUAACUUGUCGACCAGUCAAACAGUCGACCAACCCAUCGCUCGACCAAACAAACGAUCGAGCAAUCCUAUCGACCUCAGCAGGUCGAACAUCUCGCGGACUCAACGCUCAACAGAUCGGCCUAGUCACAGGCGCGUGUAAGAGCUUCCAGCUGAAUUCCAGGAGAAUAUUUACCCCAUGUGCAGGAGGACACGUGUCGAGAAUGUAUUGGGUGAUAGCAAUAACCACCUCUGACAGCUCCCAACGCCUUGCACCACCUCUGACAUGUGCGCG